CCCCAAGUUUCGUCCUCUUACUCAAGGGGCUGGAUGGAGAAGCAUGCUUCAAAAAGCUAAUUCUGCCCUUCAAAAAAACCAAGAACGCCAGCCGGAUUCAUCACACCAAUCUUCGGAUCCUUUCCUCCAAACACUAGAUGAUCUGUCUAUGCUGUUUGAACAACGAUCAUAUUCCAAUGUUGCCAUUAACAUUAGUUUGGUCGUUAUAUAUAUAGGACUUUGCAGACAUGGAAUUCUCAGUUUCCCCAAUGACUUCAAAGAUUUUUCAGAGAAACUCACCCAAGUGUUUGCAGGGUUUGCAUUUUUUGACCUAAUAUUCUCAAAGGUUUACUUCAACACACUUCUAGGUCUGCUCAAGGGAUUCUGAAUACACUUCAACGCUUGGAGCCUCACUAUAAUGCCCAGAGAUGGCUCCAUCCUGCCCAUGCCUGCUUUUCCAUUUCACCUCUUUAUUGUUUCAAAACUUCAG